UUCAGUAACACUCUUGGAUGCUCAGUGCUUGGUCAUAAAUACAAAGUAAAGCUGUUUUGUUAUGUUAAACUGGACCAUACAGAUUUUUCACACGAGGAGAAACAACACCUUUCAACGUUUUUGAGUUGUUUUCCAUUGAUUUGUUCCAGCAUGGCAUACACUGGAUAUUCAUCCGCAGGCCUGCUUUGCUUUGCUUUCUUUCUUCAUGUGCUUCACAUCGGUAACGCAGACGUGAGCUUUUCUAUUCCUGAGGAAAUGAAACCCGGAUCUGUCAUAGGGAAUAUAGCAAAGGACCUCGGGUUGAACGUGGGGAAAUUAUCUGCUCGGAAGGCCCGCAUUGACAGCGAGCUGAACCGUGAACGGUACUGUGACAUAAACCUUAACACCGGGGAUUUGGUUGUAGCGGAAAGAAUUGACAGAGAGGCGCUUUGCGGCGAAAAGGCAUCAUGUAUCCUUACAUUUGAGUUGGUCUUAGAGGCACCUCUGGAGUUGCACCGCAUUUCACUGCAAAUACACGAUAUCAACGACAAUCCGCCUGUUUUUGCUAAAGAUGAAAUCAAAAUAGAGAUCAGUGAAUUGGCUGUUAAAGGAUCUCGCUUCCGUGUUUUGGAGGCACAUGAUAUAGAUAUUGGACAAAACGCUGUUCAAAUAUAUGCAUUACAGACGAACGAUUAUUUAGUGUUAAACAUUCAGUCAAAAUCAGAUCGGGGUAAAUUUGCAGAGCUAGUGUUGAAUAGGGAAUUAGACCGCGAGGAGCAGCAGGAAUUGAAAUUACUGCUUACAGCACAAGAUGGAGGCAGUCCUCAAAUGACUGGCACUGCAACUGUACAUGUGACUGUCCUGGACGCUAAUGAUAACGCCCCGGUGUUUAGCCAGACCGUGUAUAAAGCAACUCUGCCUGAAAACUCUCCUCUGGAUACUGUAGUGGUCACAGUGGCUGCGACCGAUGCAGAUGAAGGUCAAAAUGGUGAGGUGACUUAUGAAUUAAGUCGUAUUUCAGAAACAGGCAGAAGAGUAUUUGCUUUAAAUCACAUAACAGGAGAAAUUAAAGUUAUAGGGCCUUUGGAUUUUGAGAAAGAGUCAAUGUAUGAAAUGCGUGUGGACGCCAAAGAUGGUUACGGCCUUACCUCAGAUUCUAAAGUAAUAAUUGAAAUUUCAGAUGUUAAUGACAACCCACCUGAAAUACAUUUAAAAUCUCUUGUUAAUCCUAUACCUGAGAACGUGUCACCUGGUACAGAGGUGGGUAUCAUUAACGUGCAGGAUAGAGACUCUGAGAAUAACAGACAGGUCCGCUGCUCCAUUCAGCAAAACGUCCCUUUUAAGUUGGUUCCUUCUAUUAAAAACUAUUAUUCUCUAGUGACCACAGGACAACUGGACCGUGAACUAGUGUCUUAUUACAACAUUACAAUCAGUGCCACUGACGAGGGCUCUCCACCUCUGUCCUCCUCUAAAACUGUUCAGUUAUCUGUAGCAGACAUAAACGACAACCCACCUGUGUUUGAGGAACAGUCCUACAGCGCAUAUGUGACUGAAAAUAACAAACCUGGCUCCACUUUAUGUUCCGUUACUGCUCGAGACCCCGACUGGAGACAAAACGGCACAGUGAUUUAUUCUCUGUUAUCCGGUGAGGUGAACGGUGCCCCGGUGUCCUCCUAUCUAUCUGUUAACGGAGACACGGGGGUGAUCCACGCUGUGAGGUCGUUUGAUUAUGAACAGUUCAGGAGUUUUAAAGUCCACGUGAUGGCCAGAGACAACGGUUCUCCUCCGCUCAGCAGCAACGUGACCGUCAGUGUCUUCAUAUCGGAUGUGAAUGACAACUCUCCUCAGAUACUGUACCCCGCCCCGGAGGGCAACUCGUUCAUGACCGAGCUGGUCCCCAAAGCUGCACACGGAGGCUCUCUGGUGUCCAAAGUGAUAGCGGUGGACGCGGACUCCGGACAGAACGCCUGGCUGUCCUAUCAUAUAGUGAAAUCCACUGAUCCGGGACUUUUCACUAUUGGUCUCCACAGCGGAGAGAUCAGGACACAGCGGGACAUUUCUGAAUCUGACAGCAUGAAGCAGAACCUUAUUGUGGCAGUGAAAGAUAACGGACAGCCCUCUCUCUCUGCCACGUGUUCCAUGUAUUUACUUAUUUCUGAUAACUUGGCUGAGGUGCCAGAACUGAAGGAUAUUUCUUAUGAUGAGAAGAAUUCCAAACUGACUUCUUAUCUGAUCAUCGCGCUGGUGUCAGUGUCCACCUUUUUUCUGACCUUCAUUAUCAUCAUCCUGGGUGUGAGGUUUUGUCGCAGGAGAAAGCCCAGACUGUUGUUUGAUGGAGCAGUGGCCAUCCCCAGCGCUUAUCUCCCUCCUAAUUACGCAGAUGUUGACGGCACAGGAACUUUACGCAGCGCUUACAACUAUGACGCAUACCUGACAACAGGUUCUAGAACCAGUGACUUCAAGUUUGUGACAUCUUACAAUGACAACACACUUCCUGCUGACCAGACUCUGAAGAAAAGUCCAACAGACUUUGCUGAUGUUUUUGGUCAACCUGAUGAGUCUCCAGAGGUAGGCCAUGUGCUUCUAUGUAUAACUUUUAACGUUGAUUGUGACUUUCCAUUCAACCACAAUGCAUUUCAGGUUUCCUAG